AUGUUUCGAAAUCGAAGAACAUCGCAAAAGCCGAGCGACGAGCUUUACAAGAACUUCAAGGCCAACUUCCCUGCACUUAGUGCGGGCGGUGUCUCGUMCCCGGACGCGCCCGGACAAACGGUGCCAGCGACUUCGUCGACGGAGACGCUCGAAAAUCCGCCCAACCCGCGGUCCCUGGAUGACCAGCCUCACGAUAUCAAGGAUGCCGACCCCACCCCAAGAGGCUCCAACGAGUCUUGGACAUUUGGAACGUCUGGCCUCACACCGUCCCUGAUGGAUCCCAACAGCCAGAACUUCAACAUGUUUGCAAGCCAUAUUCCGGGCUACUACACGCCCCCGCCUGGAAACAGCACGCUAUACCACAGUCAAGCAGGCGAUUUGCACACUCCCUCCGGAUUCGGCGGCCUCGGUCUGGGCACGCCGCUGUCAAUGCCGACAUCAGAAAGUGGUUUGCAUGCUGGACAGCAGGCUACUCAAUUCCAUGGAUUCCAGUCCCACCUUCCGCAAUACAUCCCCCCUCAGCAAUYCCACAAUGUCAACCCAUUCCACAUGCACCAGCAGCAAGGCUUCCCUCCGCAACACUUUACCCACCAACCUUCGUUCGACGCGCUGGAUGGUCCGGUUGGGGAGUCGCCUGUCGACGACAUGGCCAUGGACCUGGCAAUUCAACAUCCGCAUCAACAGAUGGAUAGCCUUUUCCACCCCCAGACUCUUCAAAAUGUCAUGCAGCCACCAUCGUUCCAUCCCUCCGCAGAGAAAUUCCGAUUUCAUGUCACUCUGAACGCACCAACCGCGAUGAUCAAGCACGCCGAUGAGAUACCAGUCACAUACUUGAACAAGGGACAGGCAUAUACGUUAAACGUGAUUGAUACGCACUUCCAACAAGGCGCUCCGCCGGCCAGGUACAGGACCUUUGUCCGCGUCUCCUUCGAGGRCGAACAGCAACGACAGAAGCCUGCCGCAUGUUGGCAACUCUGGAAGGAGGGACGCGGCACUAAUGAAGCCCACCAACGCGGUGGUCGGCUGCAGGCUGUCGAAUAUGUCGACGCUGGGCAACUUGGCGGCUCCGAAGAGUCGGGCAAGUCAAAACUUGAGCUCGAGUGUGCUUCCUUUGACGGAUUUUGUGUGACCUGGAGUCCAGCUGCGGGCGCCGCGGAGUGUCCCAUCUCCGUCCGGUUCAAUUUCCUCUCAACCGACUUCAGUCACUCCAAGGGCGUCAAAGGCAUUCCCGUCAGGUUGUGCGCAAAGACCGAACGAAUCGAUGAAGCGUCCGAACUCGCGCAUACUCUUCCUCUGGAGAAUGAAGUGUGCUACUGCAAAGUCAAACUGUUCCGAGACCAUGGCGCAGAACGUAAACUCUCGAAUGAUGUCGCACAUGUCAAGAAAACCAUCGACAAGCUCAAUCAACAAAUCGCACAAAUUGAGUCGGGAAUGAGAGACUCGGGAAAGCGCAAGAGGAGCGGGUCGAUGGCUAAAGGUAUCGACAGCCGGCCAGGCAAAGUUCCGAAGCACAGGCGAACAUGGUCAAUGACCUCUUCCGCCUCCAACAGUGGGAGAGGCAGCGCUGAGGAUGAUAUGCACGUCAAGCUCUUAACACUGCAGGACAUGUUCACCUCAACCAGGCCUGCAAGCGUGCUAUAUCUCCGUGGUGAGGAGGGAGACGAUCCAGACGCCUAUCCAGUGAAGCUUUCAGGAGAGGACCUACUACGCACAGAUUCGAUCGACGCUUCGAGCUGGGAGAAACACAGCGGCACCGGCCCUCCCUCCUCGGCAGUCUCGCCUACUCCCAGUACAGAUGGAUUGAUCGGAAGCCGCAAGGAUGCAAGCAUGCAACAACCCACGCCAAUAGGCGGACCUUCGCGUGAGAACUCCAACGAAUGGAAGAUACAGCCACCAACAGCAACCACAGAGAUGCAGCUAGCCGUUCCUGACCAGCUGCAAAGCCCGCCGGGUAAUUUGCCCUCCAAGAUCGAGACCAAGUCGCCAAUGUCCGGUGCUUUGACUGGAUGGAUAGAAGCUCUGGGUGUCGACCACAGUUACAGGUCACCCCCUGAACGGCCGGUGAAGCCAGUUGCAUCGAUCUUCGUGCAGCCUCGCGUUGCAGGAAAAGCGGUCACCGACAACUACUAUCGAGCUGUGUACCUGAUGAAUCGUACACUCAAGGAUUUCAAUAACGCGAUCGCGUCCAAAUGCGGCAUCGAACCCACGGCAGUCCUACGAACAUACCGGAUCAACAGAGAUGGUCUGCACAUUCUAUUUGACGACGAUUGCGUGCGCGAACUACCCGAGGCGCAAGACAUGACAGCCGAAUUCUGCGAAGCGCAGCCGGGCACACCAGUAAAACACAAGAGAGAAUGGGAUGCUGGAUCCACUGACAUUCAGUGUGAUGGCGAGGUAACCACCGAUGAGAAUGUCAAUUCUUCGGGGUAUGAGCUCAAGCUACUUUUCUGA